GCGUGGGUCCCGCUGCCGAAUACAUAAGCGAUGCGAGUUAUUACUCCCCGCACCGCAAUUCCCCAACUCCGCCGUGCAGUACAGAAGAGAAGAGGAGAGAGGAGGGGUCUCGAAAUCAAAGUUGGGAGACCGAGCGCGCUCGAUGGAGCCCAACAUCGUCCCCGCCUACGGCUGCUCCGGUAACCUCGCCGCCGCCGCCGCCCCGCCGGAGUACCGCUGCGUCACGCGCCUCCGCCACCGCCGCCUCCUCACCUUCCUCUGGCUCCACGGCUUCCGAUCCACCUUCGAAGCGAUGGCGGAGGAGACGAAGGUGCUAGUGUCGUUGCCGCGCCUGGAGCGCCUCAUCACCAGCAGCAUGUGGGACGACGCCAUCGGCUACAUCUGCCGCUUCCUGCCGCCGUCCUCCGGCUCCACCGGCCAGCGCCGCCGCCGCGGGUCGCAUCUCAGCGAGGAGGCCCAGACCCUCCUCCUCUUCCUCCACAUGCACAAGUCCUUCGCCGACGUCGUCGCCGGCAACAAGGCCGGCGCUGCCUGGUCCGACAAGCACCGCCGCCUCUAUGCCCAAUCUAGCGGCCUCUCCCCCUACAGCCACGCCGCCAGAAUCCGCCGCUCCAUCCUCUCCUUCGUCUUGUCGGACCGUACCAGGGAGUCCUUGGACUGGGGGCGCGUUAGAGAGCAAGUAGCGCAGAUCGUCCGAAGCUUGCUUCAUAGUACUCCAGAGCUCGUCGGAUUUGUGGACUUGCCGGGAGGCAUGGUGAAGCCGCAUAACGUGCUUCCCAUUGGCUUCGGUUUCCGAUCCAAGCGUCACGUGAGACAGCAAAGCCACCCCCAAGCAUCAACUAUUGCCAAGCUCUAUCUUGAGAUGAAGAGAUGUCUGCCUUCUUCAGGCCAGCCUCAGGGGUUAAGUCUGGAAGGACUGUCAAAUAAGGCGAGGAGCUGGAUGGCGGAUAUCCUUGAUUUAAGCUUACGUGCUGGCUGCAAGCGUUCAGAACACCAUGAAGGGUAUCCACUCCAAUCAAGUGAGAAGAAAGGUUCUCUCGUUGCUGCAAUCACACAGACUAUGUUUAGCACCAUAACAACUGAUACUGAAAAUUCUGGAAUUGCUUCAGCGACAAAAACUGGUGUUCCUGCCAGUACAGUCUUGCAAACUUUGAUUGGCACCAUGAUAAGUCCUGGAAAAAAAUCUGGGAUCUCAUCAGUGACAAAUGCAGGCACUGAUAUGCAUUCAAGUCAAGAAGAUUGCCAUACUGAGAAUUAUUGCCAGGGUUUCACUCCAAGAAAACAUCCAAGGGAAGAAGUGGAACCUGAGGAAGAUAUUAGCCCUAAAAGGCAACAAACAACUGUGAAGUUUGGUGAAGCAAGUGUGUCAUUGAUUGGUGUUGCUGAAGCUGAGGGUAAAGCUCGCUUAGUGGAACUCUCCAUGUGAAUUCGGAUGAGCUGCAGCAUUGGGGCUGUGCUGGCUGCUUCCUGUGUGAAAAGUAGACAGUCGAUGAAGUACUGCCGAUUCUGUUGGAACAUUAGGUGGUUUUAAUCUGCUGCUACUGCUACUGCUACUGCUACCUAGCUGAGGCUUUCAUAUCUCCUAAAAAUAAUUAUGUUAUCCAGCAACUCUAGCUGUUUCUCUAGCUAAGAACUAUUCUACUAUUAAGUAGACUUGGUCAGACUAAACCACUCUAAGAUGAGCGCACGUGCAGUAUGUUUGCUUAACUCGUGUAAGACUUAUAUGUGGCAUUACUAUAUUGUCAUUAGUUCCCUAUCAAAAAAAAAAUAUCGUCAUUAGUUUUAUGCAUG